UCAAAUCCCUUCAGGAAGGAGAGAACGAAGGAUUUCCAAACCCCUUCGAUUCUCUCCAGAUCCGGGAUUUUGAUUAAUUUUCUUGGAAAUUUUAGCAGGGAUUUGUCUCUUGUCCGAAUGUCAUAGCCAAGUUUUCCCAAUUGUUCUCUGAUUCGAACGUGGAGGCGAUAGGACUGAGAAUUUUGAUGCGCAUUCUCCAAAUCCUAAAGGGACUUUCAUUGGGUGAUUAACUCCCUAUAGUGAUGGUGUUUUGGGAGGGAUAUGCUAGCGAUGAAUUGAUGGGCACCUUUGCCCCCAUUGUGGUUUAUUGGCUUUAUGCUGGCAUGUACCAACUCUUGCCACCAUUAGACCGAUUUCGGCUCCACACAAGGAAAGAAGAAGAGCAGAAGAAUUUGGUUCCCUUAUCAUCAGUUGUCAAGGGUGUUUUGCUUCAGCAGCUGGUUCAGGCCACUGUUGCACAGCUGCUGUUCUUGAUGACUUCUAAGCUGUGUUCAACCGAAACUCAAAUCCAGCCAUCCCUUCCUGUUCAACUAAUGCAGUUCAUAGUAGCCAUGUUGGUCAUGGACACAUGGCAGUACUUUGUGCACCGGUACAUGCACCAGAACAAGUUUUUAUACCGUCAUGUUCACUCACAACACCACAAGCUUGUCAUCCCUUACGCGAUCGGAGCACUCUACAACCAUCCAUUAGAGGGCCUUCUCCUCGAUACUUUUGGCGGUGCCAUCUCAUUUCUAAUCUCAGGAAUGACCGCGAGGACAGCCGUUUACUUCUUCUGUUUUGCAGUGGUCAAGACCAUUGACGAUCACUGUGGCCUGUGCUUGCCGGGAAACAUCUUCCACAUUGUUUUCCAGAACAACACAGCGUAUCACGACAUCCAUCAUCAGCACCAAGGCACCAAAUUCAAUUAUUCACAGCCAUUUUUCUCCGUAUGGGACCGACUAUUGGGAACAUACAUGCCAUAUAACCUCAUUGAUCGUGAAGAAGGCGGCUUCGAAGCAAGGCCAUUGAAAGACAAACUCAUAUGAGUUAUCUCCUUGGCUGUAAACAUAAAAACCUCUGAGCAGUCUUUGUGCAGUGGCCUGUUGGAUGAUAGUGUGCUUAAUGUCUCUAACCGGUAGGAUAACAAUGAGUUGCUUGUUUAUUUCCUUAUUGCUUUGAAAUGUUCUUUGAUGUCUUGCAAGAAAUUUGUCUGUAACUUUAUUCACUGGAAUUUGGCCCUUCUUUUUGCUGGCUGUGUAGAGUUCGGUUGUGCAUAAAUCUUCCACGUUGUGUAUGAACCAUAAGUCUUGAAAAUUUUCAAAAAAUUGUUUUGAAUGUGCUCUGAAUUA